CAAAUGAAAAGAAAAAAUAUUUUUAGUACAUCAAUGCAAAUGGUUGCUAAGUGCUGGAAAGUCCUUGAAGCUACUACAUAAACAGCCGUAUAAAAGAGCCAUUUUGUCUCAAAAAUGACAUGAAAUGAAACUGCAAAGAAAUAUGGAUGUGUUUACAGACGCUGAACUGGAAACCGACUUUGCAUUAGUUUCACACAACCAGGCGGUCGGUUCUCAAAACAGCUUGAACUGGGUUCUUCGAUGCUUUCAGUUGACUUUUAAGAAAACUUUCGGCAAGCAUCAAGCAACGUUCAGUUAUUGUUUCACCUGUUUAAAGGUCCAGUAGAUGAACAUGAUUAAAGAGUCUUUCACACCGUAUGCAGUUCCACUUCCAGCAGGGACCGACUCUCAAAGGACUACAAAGGGACGUCGUUAUAACCUGAGAAAAGACGAAAGGGUGGAGACAGAGAGAUAGUGAAGCUGUGUGUACAGAAGCAGCCAUAUAAACAGGAGAUGCUGGAGAGAUAAGGAAAUUAAGGGAAAGGGCGCAACUCAAAUAAACACUCAAACAAACACACUCUUUUCUGUCUAAACGACCCCUCAUAACGUCUGGGACUCGGACAGAGCACCACGUCUCUCUCGCAAAUACCGGGCACCCCACAGCAUUUGACUUCUUGCAGAAGCUCAAAACUCUCAGCCGAGUGUGAGGGACCAUGCUGCUCUCCACAAGCUCUUCACAAGCCAUCAGACAGAUGCUGCAGAAGUUCAGACUUCAUGCCUAAAGCUACAGUGGAGGUCCUCGGAGGAGAGGCGUCAUCUGAAACCGCCGCUGCAUGUUCUUCAUGGUCCUGUGAACGGAUUAACCUUCGUUUUAAAGACGGUUCUGCGUUUUUGGAAAUGCAGGAGGAGUUGCAUGUUCUUCUGGACGCUGAUCAUUUUUAUUGAGGUCAACCAUUUCUGCUAUACAGAAGUAUAUUCAGGCUGGAUAUUGGAUUGUUGAGUUUAUUUGGAGCAACGCAAAGUGCGUAUAUUUAGUUAAAAUUUUGAAUAAAACACCAAGGGUAUCCAAUGAAAGAAGCAGAAUCUUCUCUUCUCGACACCUCCUGGUCCUCCCUCGUGAAACACGCCCCUCUGCUCCGCCUCAACACCCUCGACUUCUCCGACCUAUGGGAUGAUGAGGAUCUCGAGCUGGACAGCACCGAUGAAGACUCCUCCCAAACUACGUCCAAUCGGAUAGCAGCCACUCCCGUCCCCCCGCCUCCUCCUCCUUUAGCCACGCCCCUCUCUGUGGCGAGCGAAUCAGCGCGGCCGUCGGGCUGUCGCACCCUGAGGCUCCACUGGAGUGCGCUGUCGAGUCUGCAGCCUUUGCCGAGAGUGGGCCGCUUCGGGCUUCAGUCGAUCUGGGCCGGUCUGGAACCGGUUCGGCUGGACACCAAUAGACUGGAAUACCUGUUUGAGAGCAAGAGCGGCAAAAGCAGCGCCCUCUGCGGUCUGAAGGGGGCGCGACAGCAGAAGCAGCCGUGUGUGUCUGUGUUGGGUGUAAAGCGCAGUAACAUCAUCACUAUAGCUCUGAGCAGCCUGCCGCCGGUUCACCUGCUUCCUCCCGCCAUUCACAGCAUGGACGACACCGUACUAGACAGAGAGGACCUCCAGAGGUUGCAGACGCUGGUUCCCACCGAAGAGGAGCUGAAUCUGAUAAAGGAGGCGAGAGCGCAGGCCCCUCGUUCAGCUCUGGGCCCCGCAGAGCAGUGUCUCCUGACCCUGGGCGGCGUUCCUCAUCUGAGCGCCAGACUGCAGCUCUGGGCCUUCACUGUGGACCACGACGCGCUGGAGAGGGAAAUUGCAGAGCCGCUCUUCCACCUGAAGCUUGCCAUGGAGCAGCUGGCGGCCAAUCAGACGUUCCGCUGCAUCCUAGCGACCGUGCUGGCCGUCGGUAACUUCCUGAACGGCUGUAAGGCGAAGGGGUUUGAGUUGAGUUACCUGGGCAAACUCUCUCAGGUGAGAGACACUCACGGCCGGCGGCCUCUGCUUCAUCAUGUUUGUGUGCUACUGCUCCAGCUUUACCCACAAUCCUCGGAUCUGUACUCUGACAUCACUGCCGUCACAAAAGCCAGCAAGUGUGACUACACACAAGUGCAGCUGAAUCUCUCGCAGCUUGAGUCGCUUUGCAAAGCAUGCUGGGAUCAACUCCGACUACUUGAGAAGGAUGGGAAGAAGAAGAAAAGUGGAGGAAGAAAAGAGGAAGGUGGAGAAGAAGCGACGCUCCAUCAGAGGCUUACCCAGUUUCUGAAAGACUGCGAGGAGAGACUGAAGGUGCUUCGAGCCGUUCACCGAAGAGUCAUCAACAGAUUCCACUCGUUCCUGCUCUUCCUCGGUUACUCGCGCACCAUGGUGAGAGAGACGAGUGCAGAGGUGUUUUGUAAGACCGUCGGUGACUUCGCUCUGGAGUACAGAGCCGCUCGCAACGCCAUCCUUCAACAGAGAGAGAGAGAGAAGGACAAGCAAAACACACCUAAACUCAAAACCAGACUCCGGCAAAACCCAUCUGAUGAGAAUCAGGAGCAGGUGAAACUUGAAGAGGUUUUAAAGACUCCUGAAUCAACGCCUUCAUCGUCUUCCUACUUUGACUUCACUCUUCCACGACAACGCAGCAAGACGAGUGACAAGAAGGGUAGCCCGUUUUAAAAUGGUUGUCACCCCCGAGAGCUGAAGUGGUGAUCUCCAUUCCUUAUUUCCUCUAGCGUAGCUGUGACGUGUUAGCUUGUCAACUAUAUUUUUUGACUGUGGAAGCAAAACUUGAAAUGAUUAUUAUUGGUGUUUUAUUUUUGGUCAAUUCUUUUGCAUUGUGGGUAAGUUAGCUGCUGUCCCAAAUCUCAGUAACUCAGAGAGUCAAAAGCAUUGAUUUUGGAUGCUGAAUGAAUGGUUUUGUUUCAUUAUUGAUUUAAUGCUUAACCAUGUGGUAAAAACAUCACCUGGCCUGCCUUUGCUAUGUGUUUCACAUUAUAUUAACGGUACAAACUACAAUAAACUGUUAGCAGUGUAGCAUCGUUCUUGUCAUAAUUCCCUGUAUUGAUUCAGAAUUUCAAAUAAAUAAUAUGGUGAUGAUCAUCA